AUGCGUGAGCUGGCCAUUGAGAUAGGGGUCCGAGCCCUGCUCUUCGGGGUCUUCGUUUUUACAGAGUUUUUGGAUCCAUUCCAGAGAGUCAUCCAGCCGGAGGAGAUCUGGUUGUAUAAAAAUCCUCUGGUGCAGUCGGACAACAUACCGACCCGCCUCAUGUUUUCGCCUUUUCUGGCCUCGGCUUCACGACAUUCUACUUGGCUGGCAAGCUGCACUGCUUCACCGAGAGCGGGCGGGGGAAGAGCUGGAGGCUGUGUGCCGCCAUCUUGCCGCUGUACUGCGCCAUGAUGAUCGCGCUGUCCCGCAUGUGUGACUACAAGCAUCACUGGCAAGAUUCCUUUGUGGGUGGCGUCAUUGGCCUCAUUUUUGCGUACAUUUGCUACAGACAGCACUACCCGCCGCUGGCCAACACGGCUUGUC